AUGGUCAUUAUUUCGAUCACGGAUUACGAAGCCCAAAGUUGGCACUCGUACUUGGUUUUUAUUGCUGUACUCCUAGUAUCGGCAUCUAUCAAUAUUUUUGUCCCUCGUGCCAUUCAUCACCUUUCAAUCAUCGGAUUUGUAUUCCAUAUUCUCGGCUAUUUCGCAUUGAGCAUUACUCUUUUGGCUACAACAAAGAAGUUCAACACUGCUAAGCUGGUAUUCGGCACUAUCCUCGACUCGACUGGUUUUAACAAUAAAGGGAUGGCUUUCUUGAUCGGCAUGCUCCCAGCAGCCAACACUUUCAUCACAAUUGAUGGCCCCGCUCAUUACGCUGAGGAAACAAAGAAACCUCAUACCGAUGUUUCACGAGCAAUCACUUGGGGAACAGCUCUAUCUGGCUUGAUUGGACUGCCUUAUUGCAUCAUCUUGGGGUUUACCAUGGGAGAUCCUAUUGCUCUUCUGACCUCCCCAAUCAACAAUCUCAACCCUCUAGCCCAGGUUGUCCUCAAUAAUACAGGAUCAAAAGCCGCAGCCAUUGUAUUGUCCUUGCCACUUACUAUCGUUGCCUUCGCCACUACUGUCGAAUCCUUGGGGAUGGUUGCUCGCAUUAUGAUGGCCCAAGCACGUGACAAAGCCAUUCCAUUCAGCGAAUUCCUUUGCAAAAUUCAUCCGAAGUACAACUCUCCUACAAACGCUCUGCUCGUCAUCAUCUGCCUUCAAAUCGCUCUCGCGGCCAUCUACGUCGGGAAUGUCACAGCCUUCUAUGGUAUCACCAGUGGCAGUGUCAUCCUACAGGUCAUCAGUCUACUCAUUCCCAUCGUGUUUCACAUGAUCUACAGGAAGAAGUCCAACCUUGUUUAUGGGGCAUGGCAAGUCUACAGGCCGGUUCGAGCCUUUGUCAAUAUCGCUGCCUUCAUCGUCUUCACACUAAUAUUUGUUGCAAUGCUUCUGCCCACAAUGAAACCAAUUACUGCCGCUAACAUGAACUAUGCUUGUGUCAUGCUUGGUGCAGUCCUCAUCCUUAUACCUGCUUAUUGGUUCGCUUGGGGUAGAAAGAACUAUUACGGGCCUCUUUUUGUAUUCUCGGCUAAGUCCAUGUAG